CUCUCGCUGGGAUAAUACGCUACAGUUGCGAAGAUGCAACAUUGGAUCAAUUUGUUACCGUGUCUUCUAGGACUAGUAAUAGUUACUAACUCUCAGGCACCGGGAGAUGGUAACGAUACUUGCGUGGAUCCGACUCGCUACGAGAGUCGUCAGCGACGACUCAUGGACUCGUGGGACUACGAACUACUACUUCCUCAGCCGUCUGACGGUACAGGUGGCGUGUGGCAGACCUUGGAUGUGGAUGGAGAUAACAUAGCAAUAUGGGGAACUGCUAUCGGCAUCAUUUGCAGACAGGAAGUUUCAGUUUGCGAAGGCGAGACUGACGGGCAAGAGAAUUGGUUAAUAACACAGUAUAUCUCGGUUCCGUCUCACGUGAGGAGCCUCCAAGUGAUGAUACAGUCAAAACCUGCAAGAUCAAAUUGUCGUCCUUCUGCUCCAUCUUGUGUCGAUGAUCUGUCACUGUAUGUGUGGGAGACUCCAACUCAGAACAACCUGUUAGCUGCAGUCACCAGUAACUAUCAGUUUGUUGCUAACAUCAGUGUCGGAGAAACGGUGAUAGAACUUUCUCAACUCAGUCAGUCUGGGUUCUACCUGGGUAUCAGGGACAAUGGGACGUGUGUCAUAGUCAGUCGAGUGUUGGUCUACUAUGAGCCUGUGUGUGAGGCGGGGAGUAAGGGUCUGGUGAGAGUGGACCAGAACACCUCUCCUGGGAACACUCUCCAGGGCCACUGUGUGGAGAACAGUGUGUCCACUAGUGACUCUGGACCUCCACGACUGGAGUGUCUGGAGUCUGGGUUGUGGAGAGUUGUUAAUUGCCCACAAGGAAAUCCACAGUGCAGAGCUCCAGAACCAUGUGCAUGCCAGGCUGGAUAUCAACCAGAGACAGUUAAUGACGAACUAGUUUGCUCAGCUUGUUCGGUAGGGAUGUUCUCUGAAGGAGGUGAUGACGUGUGCAGGCCAUGUCCUGGCAACAGUAACUCUACUGCACCAGGAAUGGGACUGUGCCCCUGUCUCAAUGGCUACUAUCGACCUUUGGGGUCUGAAUCGACAAGCAACGACUGCAUUCUGCCACCAGAUGAGGUCACAGAAAGCUCGGACGCUGGUCUUGUUAUAGGUGGUGUCGUUGGGGCCAUAUUUGGUUCCUUUUGUGCCAUUCUUCUCAUAGCGAUAGCGUUCAUUGUCGACUUAUACUUGGCAGACACAUUCAGAGACGAAAGAGCAAUCACUACGACGUCAUCCCUGCCACCUCCGGUCCUAUGA